AUGAACCAAGUACCGAAGAGUCCAAUCUCAUCCAAAGUAGUUACAGAAACCUCACCACCAACUCUGCCGUCGCAGCACCACCCGCAGUCUUCAACACUUGCAUCUCCACUCUCACCCUCAUCGCCAAAACCAGAGCAAAACCACGGAAUUCACGUGGAUGAAUCCAACACACAACAACCACAACCCAGGCCACAAACGAAACAAAGGAAGCCACAAACUGCCGAAGAGUAUGCACACCAACUCUCCCUUUGGAGAUCGUCUGGUCCACAAAUCAAUACCGAGACAUGGCUUUUCGAAGACGUGGAUAAACUCAAUCCUAUACAGAGCAAAGUCGAUAGUGCAAAACUCCUACAUGCUUGUGAAAAAGCGUAUUAUUUACGCGACUGGAACAAAUGUCUUGAGUUGUGUAAUUUAGGGGCCGAGUUAUUUGAUGUUGAAUUAGACGAGGUUGGUGAUGCCAUGAAACAGGAAUUACAAUUGACUAGUAGACGCAAACGUUUGGGUAAAAAACAUGAGAGGAGUGUGGUUGAUUUGUAUGAUAUUAAACAAAGGUGUUUGAGUCGAAUAAAUGAGGGUAAACUAGAGGAAGCCAACCCAACCGUAAAUUGA